UUCCAGAGUCCUAGGAGCUGAAUCGUAUCCAGGCAACUAUCCGGGAUCUCGGGAAGAUAAUCUUCUCCGAAUCUGACAUCAGUCUAGAUUAUACGACUUUUUGUAUAUACAUAAGGCAUUGUUGACAUCUUACCUCAAGGCUCACAGCAUAAGGGCCCAGAUAUUACAUCACUGAAUUCUCGUUUGCCAAAAUCAUCCAUAACCCACCCAAGAUGCCUUCUUUCAACCCAGAAAAGGAUAUACCCGAUUUAUCAGGGAAAGUUGUGUUUGUCACAGGAGGCACCUCAGGGAUUGGGAAAGAAAUAGUUCUCUUCCUGGCUUCACACAAUCCCGCUCAUAUUUACUUCACCGGUCGAAAUGAAGAAGCUGGCGCUGCAGUUCUCGCUGCCGCUAAAGCUAAGGGUCCAAACACUGAGGUCACCUUCGUCAAGUGUGACCUCUGUUCACCCCGCGCCAAGAUCCGACAAGCUAUUGCUGAGAGCUUCAAGUCAGAUCGCCUUGAUGUAUUCAUUGCUAACGCCGGCAUGAUGGCUACGCCUCCUGGCCUAACGGAAGAGGGAUUCGAGCUUCAAUGGGGCAGUAAUUAUUUCGGGCACGCUGUGAUGCUACAGGUUUUGCGUCCCAUCCUACUGCGCACAGCCGAGGGCGGGGCCGACGUAAGACACGUCGAAGUCACGUCGUACGGCCAUAACUACGCUCCGCCUGGAGGUAUUCAGUUCGAGCACUUGAGAGAGCCCGGAGCCGCCGGCGAAUUCGCGCGGUAUGGCCAGAGCAAGUUAGCGCAGAUCCUGUACUGCAAGGCGAUGGCGAAGCGCUAUCCGCAAAUCACCAGCAUCCCCGUGCACCCGGGCGUUGGCAACACGGGCUUGCUAGAUCAUACAAAACAGUCUAUAUUAAAGCGGCUUAUUUCGGUCUCUAGGUUCUUGCUGAAGAGCGCGGCCGAAUGCGCGUAUAACCCGCUGUGGGCGGCUACGGCUCCGCUCCAAAAGGUAGAGAAUGGGCAAUACUAUGAACCGGUCGGGAAGAAGGCGGCAGCAUCGAAGCUGGCUGAAGAUGAGGCGCUGGCUGAUAGGCUUUGGGAGUGGACUGCUAAUGAACUAAAAGAUAUAGAGGCACUAUGAUUGGAUUGGGAUGAUUGACGACUUAUGAGUGUAUAGUUGGCGAUAAAGGGUAAUCUGAUGUUUAGUAUUGUACAAUACAUAGGGACUGUAUUUUUAGAGCGCAGCGUGGACGAACCCCACCAUAGUGAGCCACGAUGCCUUCAAUCACAUAUUUCGCCGCUUCAAUUACCGUACUCUUACCUACUGUACAAUAUAGAGAUUAUAGUUUCUAAGUAGUUCUUUAUAGAUGAAUAUGUCCCAAUUGAUAUUCUGGCACUGCGGAUCUGCGAUCAUGAAAUGGGUUAGCAACCUGUUAAAAGGGACAUCCUCGGUAGAAAAGGGAUCGGUCCUCUUGAACAUUUGUCGAAACAGAAUCUACCUCUUCUGCUAUUAUUCCUGCUAUGUUAAGUCACUAAGGUACCUAAGGUAGAUAUGAAUGGAAACUAAGAACUAAGAGUCUCGUGAUAAUAAUGGACUAGGUCUUACGUUUGAUGACAUUUAUAAGAAUUCG